AUGACUAUAUUAAUUGUAUAUGUCAGUGAUAUAUUGAUCACAGGUGAUGACACAAAUGAAAUUCAAAAUCUGAGUAAAACCUCUCACAAGAGUUUGAUAUUAAGUCUCUUGGGAGACUAAGGUAUCUUCUUGGUAUUGAGGUGGCACACUCGAAAGAAGGUAUCUUUAUUUCUCAACAUAAAUAUACUAUUGAUCUGCUCCAUAAAACUGGACGACUUGCUUGUAAAUCAAUAGUCACACCAGUGGAUAUAAAUGUGAAACUUGAAGCAAGAGGUGACAGUCCUCCAGUUAAUAAGGAAUCCUUCCAAAAGUUGAUUGGAAAAUUGAUUUAUUUUGAAUCAUACUAGACCAGAUGUGGCAUAUGCUGUGAGUUCCUUGAGUCAAUUUAUGAAUGACCCAAGAGAAAUUCACUUACAAGUAGCAUAUUGUUUUCUAGCGUAUUUGAAGAAUACUGUAGGACAAGGCCUAUUAUUUUCACGAGGUAGUGAUAGUACUGUGGAAAUAUAUACAGACGUAGAUUAUGCAGGAUCAGUAAGUGACAAGACGUCAACAUCUAGAUAUUGUUCCUUCAUCGAUGGAAAUCUGGUCUCAUUAAGAAGUAAGAAGCAAAAGGUGGUGUCUAGAUCUAGUGCAGAAGCUGAGUUUAGAGCUAUGGCUCAAGUUAUAUGUGAAGCAAUAUGGAUAAAAAUACUACUUGAAGAUUUACAUCUGUACUCUCAAGGUUGCAUCAAGUUAUACUGUGACGAUCAAUCAUCUAAUGUUAUUGCCCAUAAUUCAGUCUAA